UGUUGAUGCUGGUCAAAACCAGGAGCUAACAAAGAGAAAUGAAGGAGUGUGGAACGCGAACUUGCGCGAGAGAUUAAGAGAGCGAACGUUUCGUGGUCAAACAAAACAAUUGCUUUCACUAUCUCCACACGCUCGCGUUUGCAUUCGCGUUGGGCCUGCGUUGCGUUUUAAAAUAAAACUUCUGUCCGUGUGCACCACCAGCAGCAGUGCGUGAUGCUCCAUCGCUACGAUAAAGGAAUUAUAUAAUAUUUAUCCAAAAAGUGCAUUCAUUGAUUGAUUUUCCAACCGGCAAUUCUUGAGUUCCAGCAGUGUCUCCAGUCCUUUGGAUAUGGCGCGUUUAAUUGAGACCAAUUUUGUGCCGAUUGCUAUGGGCGUUGCAGCCAUCGUUGCCGGAGCAUUGAUAGUACACUAUUUUAUCAAUAAGAAGUCGACGAAGCCCCGUCGCGAGCCCAACCGAACCGCACGAUUGCGCACUCUAGUCGAUCCCAAUGAUAAGUACCAGCUGCCACUGAUCGAGAAGGAAGUGCUCAGCGCUGAUACGAGACGUUUUCGUUUCGGUCUGCCCUCCAAGCAGCAUAUACUGGGUCUGCCUGUGGGCCAGCAUAUUCAUCUGAUUGCGACAAUCGACAAUGAGCUGGUCAUACGGCCGUAUACACCCAUCUCGUCCGAUGACGAUGUGGGCUACGUGGACCUGAUUGUGAAGGUGUACUUCAAGGACACGCAUCCUAAAUUCCCAGCGGGUGGCAAAAUGACGCAGUACUUGGAGCAAAUGGAACUGGGCGAUAAGAUCUCGUUCCGCGGUCCUUCGGGUCGUUUGCAAUAUCUGGGCAACGGCACCUUCUCCAUCAAGAAACUGCGCAAAGAUCCACCCAAGCAAGUGACAGCCAAGUGCGUCAACAUGAUUGCCGGCGGCAGUGGCAUUACGCCCAUGUUGCAGCUCGUGCGCGAAGUGCUGAAGCACAGCGACAAGGAUAAGACACAGCUGGCGCUGCUCUUUGCCAAUCAGAGUGAAAAGGAUAUUUUGCUGCGUGACGAACUAGAUGCCUUGGCCAAGAAGCAUCCCGAUCAGUUCAAGGUCUGGUACACCGUGGACAAAGCAACCGAAGGCUGGACUUAUAGUGUUGGCUUUGUCAAUGAUGAGAUGAUCGCCGCUCAUCUGCUGCCCGCCAAUGACGACACGAUCGUGCUGCUCUGCGGCCCGCCGCCCAUGAUUAACUUUGCCUGCAAUCCAGCACUAGACAAGCUCGGCUACCAUCCGGACUUACGAUUUGCGUAUUAGGGACGAUCAACGAUAUGGCCACCAUA